AUCCUGGUACAGAGCAGCCUGGCAUCUGGAAUACCCUGGGUACUGAGCAUCCCCAGCAUCUGGAGCAUCCUGGAGUCCAUCCGCAGCAUCCAGGGUAUCCUGGUACUGAGCAGCCCUCACAUCUGGAAUAUCCUGGGUACAGAGCAGUCCUGGCAUCUGGAAUAUCCUCUGUACAGAGCAUCCCCAGCAUCUGGAAUAUCCUGGGUACAGAGCAUCCAGAGCACCUCGGUGUUCUAUUAUCCCUGGUCCAGUGCAUCCAGAGCAUCAGGGUACCCAAAGCAUCCUGCCAUCCCUGGCAUCUCGGGAGUCCUGCAUCCAGCUCGUCCCCAGCAGGCAGAAGCAGCACCCAGGGACAGCCCAGAGCAGGGGGAUUUCCAGGCACGAGGAACUGCUGUGAGUAACGGGGAGGGAACCUGCUGACCGGCUCCUGGGAAUGUCACUCUGCCCUGAGUGCCGGUGAAGAGAGAGUGGGGGAAGAGAGGGAGGACAGACACAGAGCAGAAAGAGAUGAUCCUCCUUUCCCAGCCCUGGUGAUGAUCACUUAGCACAGGCCACGCUGCACAAGGGCCCCAGCCCUGCCCCAGCUCCUCAUGGAGGGGCACCUGGGCACCCCCAACGCCAGCGUGCUGGGGGAGCACUCCCUGCUGGUGGGCAGCAGCUGGGUGGCCGCCUUCCUCUGCUUCAUCAUCCUGCUGACCACGGCAGGCAACUCCCUCCUCAUCCUCCUCAUCCUCACGCAGCGCUCCCUCCGCAACACCUCCAACUAUUUCCUGGUGUCGCUGUUCAUGUCGGACCUGAUGGUGGGGCUGGUGGUGAUGCCCCCGGCCAUGCUGAACCAGCUCUACGGCCGCUGGGUGCUGCGGGGGGACCUCUGCUCCCUCUGGGCCUCCUUUGACGUCAUGUGCUGCAGCGCCUCCAUCCUCAACCUGUGCGUCAUCAGCCUGGACCGCUACCUGCUGAUCACGUCCCCGCUGCGCUACAAGCUGCGCAUGACGCCCUGCAGGGCGCUGGGGCUCGUCCUGGCCAGCUGGACCCUGGCCGCGCUGGCCUCCUUCCUGCCCAUCAGGAUGGGCUGGCACCAGCCGGAGCUGGAGCUGCCCCUGAGCGGGCAGGGCGACGAGGAGCAGUGCCGGCUGCAGGUCAGCCUGCCCUACGCGCUGGUGGCCUCCUGCCUCACCUUCUUCCUGCCCUCCGCCGCCAUCUCCUUCACCUACUGCCGCAUCCUGCUGGCCGCCCGCAAGCAGGCCGUGCAGGUGGCUUCCCUGGCCUCCAACGUGGCCACCGCCGAGGAGGCCACAGCACAGGUGCCACGAGCCCCGAGCCAGCCCCUGGGCAGCAGCGAGAGCAGGAGGUUCACCAACAAGCACAGCAAGAAGGCUCUGAAGGCCAGCCUGACCCUGGGCAUCCUCCUGGGCAUGUUCUUCGUGGCCUGGCUGCCCUUCUUCGUCACCAAUGUGGCUCAGGCGGUUUGCGGCUGUGUCCCGGCCGGAUUCUUCGACGUGCUCACCUGGCUGGGCUACUGCAACAGCACCAUGAACCCCAUCAUCUACCCGCUGUUCAUGAGGGACUUCAAGAGAGCCAUGGGCCGGUUCCUGCCGUGCUGCCGGCGGCCGGCGGGGCCGCGGCCCAGCGCCGUGUCGCUGUCCGUGAGGAACUCGCCCAGCGGGCCCCGCGCCGGCCCCUCCCUCAGGAACGGGCUCAGCCUGCGGCCCGACAGCGACUCUGCGGGCUCCGGGGCAGCGGGCAGCGAGCCCGGGCCGCCGCCAGCCCCGCCGGGCCCUGCUGCUCGCCCCGCCAGCCUCUGGGACACCGAGCCCCCCGGGACGGGGCUGCAGCUCGGCACCCCCGUGGCCUGAGCGGGCACACGCGGCUGGGGAGCUGCGGGGAUCCCCAGGAGCCCCUCACGAACCCUCUGGGAGCUGAUUUGCCACAAGCCGUCUCCCAUAUUCUCUGUUCCAGCACAUGGAGCAGCUCAUGGAGGGGACGGUGGCCCCAGCACUGUCACAAGUUGGAUCAAACCGUGCCAAGCCAGGUGUGCUGCUGAAUGAACCUGCCUUGUCUCUCUCUUCCAUCCCUCCUGUGCUCACAGUCACCAUCCCCGAACCCUUCCUGUGGCCUUUCCAUCUCUGCUGAGUCUGAACCUCACAUUUCAGACUCUCUGUCUCACUAACCUCAGAUCAAGGCUUGGUUUUGCACACCCAGAGCUCAGCAAAUCUCCUCCCAGCACACCGAGGGGAGUGGUGGAAAAACAUCCUGUGGCUCAUGGAGCUGCUUCAGCAGGAACACUGAGGUUUGGGGUUCAGCCAUGGAACAUCACAUUUCCCUGGAGCUGGGUCUCCUCACUGGACUUGUGUCUGUCUCAGGUUCCUGGCACUCAGAGCAGCCCAGCUCAGAGGCCUGGCCGUGUCCUGUCCUGCAGAGCUGCACUGCAGGGGCUGAUUUUGGUGCAGAAUGUCACAGGGAUUUCUGGGUGCUCAGUGGGGUGUGCUGUGCAAUCGUGGUGGCUCUGUGGGUAGUAAUGGGAUCUGCUUCUCCCACAGGCUCCAUCCCACAGCUUCCCACUGCUGGCACAGAACCAUCUCACCUCCCUCUGACAAUCUAUCAUGAUGCAAUUAGAAACUUUCCCCCAGUUCAAAUAAGAAUCUAGAGGAAUAUUGUAUUUUAAAUUAUAAUGCCAGCUCCCUCCCCAGAGCCAUAAGCAGAGGGAACACUGAAUAAAUGUGACAAGUGGGCACUUCAAAAAAUCAAUAAAACAAUUUAUUUUAGUAAAUUCUUCCCCAAGUGCCUUUGGGCUGGCAGUUGGCUGCUGUGCCCUCCCUGGACCCUUCACUCCAAGCCUUCUGCCUAAUUCCAAGGCUGUUCUGGAACUCCCUGAUACCCAAACAGACACAGAGCACCCCUGGACACGGGAUGCUGGAAGCAGCAGCCACAUGCCAGGUUCUUUCCACAUUGAACUGAACAGGAGUUUGUAUGACCAACCCAGCAUUUCUUAGCCACAGGAUGAGUGACCAGGACACACUGAGGGCUGAGCACAGGCUCAAACCUCAAACUGUUCUAAGCAUCUUGCCACAGAUGGAGCUUGGGGCUGGUGUUGAGCACCCAGAUCAAGAUGUGCAUCUUCCCACAAUGGCCUUAUAUAAAUACAAGUUGGACUUCAAUCAGAGUUACAAGGAGCAGAAAAAGGCACUGUGGAGUCUGGAAGUUUGUUAAGUACCAAAUCAGCCUCGGGAGAUGGAAAGAGAGAGGGAGAGUCACCUCUUCAAGCCAAACCUCAAAAGCAAUAAUUCCUUACUGUCUCAUGCAGGCAGUUCUGUGUAAUUAGGUGUUUGCUUGUGGACAAACCCUUGGAAGGGCAGAGAAAUCCCAUCCCAGCCCUGCAGCCAGCAGCACCAGCACCAGCUGGCAGAACAGCCCCAUCCCUGUGGGGUCCCACAGCCAGUCCCUGCCAUCCCCACAGCAAGGCACCACUCCAGGUCACAGCUGGGCAGGUCUGAGCCCCCUGGCAUGCUGGCUUUAGGGAGAGGAACUGCCAGGCACUGUAUCCAACCAGUGUGCUUUGCUGGGUCAGCAUCACCCCAAACCAGCUGUGUCUGACUCCAUGAGGAAUGAUCUGCAGGUAAGGUUUGCAGGAGGCUGGGAAUGGAAGGAGAGGGGGGAUUAAUGUGGCUGCUGGGUCAGCAGGGAGGAGGAGGAGGGUGAGAACCCUGUGUGAACCAAAAUUGGAAGGUGGAAUCCCAGUAUUUCCCCUCUCAUGAGUCAACAGAUGGGAUGGGAGGGUUUGAACCCUCCCUUGUGGCAAAGCAUCAAACCCCAGAGGUGCUUCAGAGGGGGGUCACACACCUGCCACAUUCCUACCAGAUGCACUUGCCUGGGCUCAGCAGCAAAACAGGCCAGAAAAGGGGCUUGUAUGGAAGAUGUGGAUCAUUCCCACAGGGUUCUGGAGCUGUGCUGGCAGAGGAUGUAGAGCUGGGUUCUUCCCUCUGCUCUGAGGCUGGGGAUGAAGAGAGUGGAGCCAAUCCACUUGUAUGGAAGGAGGUAGAAAUCAAACAGAUCCAUGUAUAUCCUGUGCCAAGUAUUGGUUUUGUUCUAAGCCAAUUAAAAAAUUUGUCUGGAUGGG